CCAAAACAAUUAAGUGACUCAUAUACAAUUAAUUAUUUCUUGUUAAAUAGCCCGUAUAUGAGAAUGGCUAAUAAGAACAUCAGUAUGUACUUAAUGUUGUCGGUUCAGGAGUGUGGAGGUCAGUUGAGGAAACGGAUGGACAUCUUCUGCUCCACAUCUGUCCGUUCCAGGGCAUGACAGAACUCCUCGAAGCAUAUCAUCUGGUCAUUGUUGGUGUCCGCUUCCAGGAUUGUGCGUUCCGCAAUGCUGGUCAAUUGUUCUUCACUGAUAUUAGCACCAACCAUCAUGUGCAGUAUGGCCAAUAAUUCAUCCCUUGAGAUUUUGCCAUCAUUGUCCAAGUCAUACAUUGAAAAAGCAAAUCUCAACUUCUCAUCCCUGCUAUUAAGCUUAUUCUCUCUAUUCUUUCUGAUUGGUCUAAAGUGUGCGAGCACUCUCAUGAACUGCAAGAAGUUCACUCUGUCAUCAUGGCUCUCUGCAAAGAAGGAGUGGACAAUACGCUCGCUCAGCGGGUUGAUAGCUAACUCCGGUAUCCUUAAAAAAUCUUCCCGGGACAGUGUGCCACAGUCAUUCUUGUCUAGUGAUGUGAAUCGGGAAUACAGCCUCUCAAUUUGGUUUGGUGUGAACCCAGUUUCCUCUUGAAUUUGAGCGAUUUCUUCCUCACGCAAUAAUAAAGACGAUUUGUUACCCAUUUUGAAUUUAUAAACUUUAUAAUAUCACCGCACCUUUAGGCGUAUUCGUCGUUUGUGUCUUAGACACAAAGUCCACACUUAGUAGCAAGUUAUCUCGGAUAAAGGACUUAUUGCAGAAU